UUAAGAAGGUUAGGUUUAGAAGUGAAAGUGACAUUGAGCGUGAGUUGGAAUUUUUUGAAGAUCCUAACUACAUCCCCCCUCCUACUUCGUGCAGUGAAAGUUACGAGACUGAAGAGAUGUCUUCUGAGGAAACAUUGAGCGUUGGGGGGAGUGAAGUAAGGAUGUUGGAGUACAAUGAUGUGGGUAUGGAGAGUGGGUCGUUUGGAUCAAAGAGAACAGGGGGAGAGAUGGGUGGACAGGAGAUAGUUAAGGGUGAGGGUGAAGGAGAGGGUAUUCCCCCAAAUAUUUUAGAAAUUGAUAAUGGAGUUGAUAGGUGUUAUGAUAUAGAGGCGGAUAUUGUCUCCGAAGUGAACGAGUAUGAAAGUGAAUUGGGUACAAGGGAUAGCCUCGUUUAUUUAGUUGAAACCUAUGACCUUCCUCCCCAAGUGUUGAUUAGGCCUGUUGGAGUGGAAGAAGGGGCAUGCUCGGCACCAUAGGAUCAUUGGAUGCCUAUAUAUGCUCAUUAUUUGGCAGCAGGGCUUAGGUUUCCAAUGCCAAAGUUGUUGGUGUGGUUAUUGUUGGAGUAUAGCAUAGGUUUGACCCAAUUAGCUCCCAAGUAGUGAGAGUAAUAAUUGGAUUUAUAGUAU